AUGAACGUUCCCACUUCAUCCACCAACGACUUCGCCUUCAACUCCAACUCCAACUCCCAGCCGCAGCAACAGUACCAACAGCAGGCCCAUUUCUCCUCUCGCCAGUUGCAGCUGCAACAGCAACAGCAACAACACCAUCAACAGCAGCAGUACUCACUGCCGCCACCGCCGUCUCCCCCACCCGCGUCGUCUGCCACCGCGCAAUCCCUCUCCGCCGCCCAGCAAGCCUUUGCACACGCGCAGUACCAACAGUUUGUCCUCAUGAACGGAAUGAACGGUGGCAAUGUGCCCAACGGCAUGGGCGGCGUGCCUACCCCCGCUGGCCAGCAGGCCGAGCUCAACUACAUCUAUAGCAUGGUCGAGGAGCUCAGCCGACAGCUUGCGGAGAACCGUCGUGUUACCGAAGACAUUGUGACCGGUCUUGGGAGAGUGCGUAGCCGCGCGAGGACGCAGGGGAUGAGCAAUGACGACCUCAUCCACAACGCUGCCGAUGAUAUUCACGCACAAGAACAGAAUCUCGACACACUCAUCUCCAUCCUCUCAGAGUCCCUCGAGAAGGCAAAAUACAGCCGCGACGCCAACGCGACCCUCCUGACCCAAUACGCGACAGUCCUCGCUGCGAUGCUGAAGCAAUUCCACGAGUACAAGGCGAAGCACGUCACGGAUGUCGCCGCGUGGCAUCGCUCCUACCGCUCUCAGCUUGCCGAAGCGCGCGCCGAGAAUAGCAGGCUCCGGGACCAGAUCUGGGAGAUGCAGGAGCGCGCGGGAAAAGCCAACGAGGCUUUGCGGAAGUUCCGCCGCAAGUACGACGAGAACGAGACGAGAUGGGACCGGCGCGUCGAAGAGGUUGCCGCGCGUCAGGAGCUGCGUUUCUGGAAACGAAUGGCCAUGCCCGAAGUCAGCGACGACGAUCCCUGCUGGAGCGACGACGAUGACCUCAUCGACCCUGCGGAGAAGGAGCGGCAGAAGGAGCUGGAAAAGAGGGCCGCUCAGGAGCAACUUGCUGGGAGCCAGCAGAUGGGCGAUGAAUACUCGCGUUCACAGUCGCCGGAGUCUAGCAUGAUGGGCGGCGUCCCCAUGCAGCGAGAUCUGGGUAUUCCUAUGGGCAUGCCUGUACCUCCACCACGGCCCUCGAGCGCGACAUCCAGUACCGGCUCUUCUGGCCAAUGA